ACAAUUUUAGAUUAUUUACCUGUCAGCAGACUGCGCCGUUACAGUUGGAAUGUUUGACAAGCGGCAAUCAUUUGUCAAAGAAUAGCUCGGUUCGGAAAAAGGAAGAGACUAGAAAUGUUUCGAGCAAUUUAAGCAGGGCUAUUGCAUCUGUUUGCUCCUCUGAUAGUCUAAGCGAGUGUGAAGUUGCCAUUCGUACAAUCACGAGAGCUUGGUUGGAUUCACGCGGCGAUCCUAUCAUUGAAGACGCAUUGUCAAAAGCACCUGUGAUUGAGGGAAUGCUUGAGGUGCUGUUUGCUUCUGAAGAUGAUGAAAUUUUAGAACUAGUAAUAUCGAUUCUGGCCGAACUCGUUUCGCGAAGCGAUCUAAACAGACUGAUAGUACUGAAUUUUGACCCUCAGCUCGAUAUCUUCAUGAGACAUUUAAGAAGCACGAGUCUGUUCUUAAAAGCUGCUGUUCUGCUUUACCUGUCAAGGCCAAAGGCGAAGCAAAUGGUAUCGGUCGAGUGGGUGCCAUUAGUUCUUCGAGUUACAGAGUUCGGAGACCAGUUGCAGACUCUAUUCACAGUGCAAUGCAGCCCUUUGGUGGCAGCAUUUUACCUUUUGGACCAAAUCCUUACAGGUUUUGAUGAAGACAGAAACCUAGACAACGCGCGACAAGUGGUUUCUCUAGGAGGUUUGAGCAUGCUGACGGAUAAGAUUAAGAUAGGAGAUACCACUGAGAGGAUCAAUGCUGCUAUGUUCAUCUCGUGUUGCAUCCGAGCCGAUGGAAGCUGUAGAAACUACUUAGCUGAAAAUUUGAGCAUAGAUUCGCUCAUCGAACUGGUUCUUCUGGAAUAUCACAGGAAUCCCUGUGGCUCAGCAUUUGAUUUGUUGAUUGAAUUAAUCUGCCUUAGUAGGAGAACACAGAUAAAUAAAAUCUUGUACAUACUCAAAGAAGGCUGGGGUAGUUUAAACAUCAUGCACAUCUUAUUAGCCUAUCUCCGAAAGGCUCCAUCGGAAAAACGCCCGCUAGUUGCGGCCAUAUUGUUACAGCUUGAUCUCCUGGAAGAUCCUUCAAAGUGCAGCAUAUACAGAGAAGAUGCAGUUGAAGCAAUUAUAGAAGCCUUGGAUUGUCAAAUAUAUAAUGAAAAUGUCCAAGAGCAAUCUGCGAGAGCUCUUCUUAUGCUAGGAGGUCGAUUUUCUUACACCGGGGAUGCAACAAUAGAAAACUGGCUUUUAGAACAAGCAGGCUUCAACGAAUUUGGGAUCAAUUCUUACAACAGAACUGAAUUU